UGAUCGCAUCAAACCAAUAGAAAACAAGAUCAGAAAAAAAUGUUCCACUCAACCUGCCAAUCACCAUCUAUACUUCCUUUAAUGGAAAAGUCUGCGUGGGACAUGACACUGUUUCGCUUUGCUCUAACUCUUGGUCAUCAUCACACAUGGACGGGCUGCACAUUUUCAUAUAUGUUCUCUUGGGUCAUCAUCACAGAUGGAAGGGCUCCGUAUUGUUCUGGUCAUUCUGCUAGUAGUAUCAUGCACUCAUGACUGGACCUCUGGAUCAGAGUUGGAGAUGACAGUCAGACCAGGACACAACAUCACUCUCUACUGUGACUGCAAGUUAUCAUCCGGAGUAUACAUCGUGUGGUACAGGAACUGCUCUCAUGAGAACCAGCCUUCUCUUGUCCUUUAUGCAUAUAGAAAAUACUUACGUUUCCACUUUGUGAGAAACUCUUCCUCUGAGUCCUAUGACCUGCUGAUCGUUAACAUCACUGAGACCGAUGCAGGGCUCUACUACUGUGGAACUAAACAGUUUAAGGUGGAGAAAAACGAACAAAUUACUUUCACAAAUAUUUACACACAUGGCAAUGUCUCAACAAGGAUCCAUGUCAUUCCAGAUUCCAGCUCAUGCCCUAACCCCGGUGGACACAUUUUGAACCCUGUUGUGCCCUGGAUGAUGGUGCUCACUCCAGCCUUUACUAUUCUCACCUCCUUGAUUUCCUUUAUUCUGGUGUAUCUCUUCUGUCAGAAAACAGAUAAGGAUCCUCAAAUUCUCCAGAAAAGACUUAACACCAGGAUUCAAACAAGAUGGGAUCAGGUAAUGAACACAGGACAUUUAGGAAAU